CUUCACUGAAGAAAAUGGAAUAAACCGGAAUCUAUCAACACUUGUCAACAACAAGUAUGGCGUAGCAGACGAAGGCGGCAAAUUCAACUUAUUAUAUCUUGAAUGUAACAUAGGUUCUGACAGAGAUGUCACAGGCAGCCUUCCUGGAAGAUGUGGUGAGCUGGGAUGAGAAGAAAUGUUUGGAGAACCUUGACGAAGCUCUGCCCAAACUCGUUACAUUCUUACAUCAAGUAAAUGAUAUUGAGGAAGAAAUUGGUAUAUUGAAGAUAAUCUGCCACUCUUUCCUUCCCUGCGUGAAACAACAUGAAGCUGAAAAGAAAAUCUUUAGCAAGAUUGCCGACAAGACUUGCAAGAAUUUUGACAAGAUUCUGGACGGCAUUCGAAGUGGGAUCCAUCAAGGGACAUGUCGCGCCGCGGGAGAAAUAACACAGUCCCUUGAGAUGGCUGUGGAGGUGGUGGAUUGUGUAGAGAGCUGUGUGAGGGGUGUGUCCAGCAGUCAGCUGGAAGUGGAGCAUGUGCACUCUCUCCCUGGCUGUACAGUGCACAUACUGGCGGGCUCCUACACUCAUUGCAAGGACAGCGGUGACCUGUACAAAGACCUGUUGGGACUGUUGUCUGAACCUCUCUCAUCCCUCUUCCGUAAAGCCCACAGUCUUCAGAUGGCGUUCCUGAACAUGUUUGACCGAACAACCAUCGCUGGAGAAGCCUCGGACCAAGAUGUACAGGAUCUAUGUCAGGUUUGCGACGGCUUGUUCGAGGUGUGUCAGAUUGUCACGGCUCUAGACAUGAAGGUGGUGGUCAGCCUCUGGAAGGCCGUGUCCAAAAUAAGCAGCCAAUACAAGCACCUGCUGCAGGGUCAGCUGGACAUGUGUCGCAUGAUAAGGCACCUGUGUCGGGAGGUAGUGACGGGCUACCAGUACCUGUUCCAACUGCUGCCAAGGGUGGAUGAAGACGGCAUGGUACAAUCCCAAGGGGAUGAGAAGGCAUUUGUCAAAUCUCUGAAGAUCCUGGGAUUCCAGGUGAAGAUCCUGGUAAUCCUUAUAAAGGACUUCCGGGAUUAUCUGGGUCAGUGUGAGAAGGAGGUGUUCGAGCUCAUCCUCAACAUACACAGGUUGCUGCCUCCUAGUCUGUCUGCUCCCAAGCUUCAGCUCACUCACCUGGAUCAGAUCCGCUCUCAGAUCAGCGUUGCCGUAGAUCCCUUGCUGUCUAGCCUCACUGGCAACAGACACUUUCGCCAGUGUGUCACAAGACGCAACACAGAUGUUCCAGAAGACCACCACCUGCCUCUCCUGCUCAUACAGACUCUAAUCCUGGAAAUGCUGCCUAAACUCUCAGGUCAAGAUCAGGACCAAUGGAUCCACCCCACAGUCUACCCUGAAGACACCCCAGUGGACAACAUACUACAGGCAGUCUUCUACAGCAUCGGGAAAUGCUAUGUGGAGCUGGCUGUGCCUGUCAGUCUGCCGGGAGUGAUCGUACCAGGGAAACAGCAGAGGGAUGCCUGUCUGUACGAGUUCGUCUGUACAAAUCUGUGUGGCUUCAUAGGCAGUUUCCCGGCCAGGCAUUUUGCUGUGUUGGAAGAAAUCCUGUUUGCCAACAGCCUGUCACCAAACCCAUAUCAGGCCAGCAUGGCGGUCGACUGUUGGUGCUUCAUGGCCAGGUACGGCAGUGCGGAGUUGUGUUACCAGCAUGUCCUGCUGUUAGUGAGGAUGUACCAGGACCUGACCAGGUCCCCCCACUCCCACCUGGCGACCUCCAGGCUCUCGGCAGUGCUGCACAGACUGGCCAAGUUCCUCGCCCCUCAGCACCAGCAAUCCCUACUUAAGGAAUUCCCACCCUCAGAAAAUGUCCAGCUCUGGUCUGAGUUGCCUCUUGUUGCCAUGACAACUAGCAUGGCAAGAGAUGUGAUGGAAGAGCUGAUUACACGUUGCACCAAGUCCGUGCACAACUGGAUCAACACCUCCGAGAAAACACUGGGACAGCUGGACAAUGUGAAUGUCUGUGUGAAGUGCCUGGCCCACCUGUACAGCAGCCCCUCCCUGGUGGAGAAGUGUGUCACCCCACAGCUCCAGUCCGUGGUCCUAGAGAAAGUCGCCCACCUCUGGAGAACACUUGCUGCAGCCUCAUGGGAUCUCCGUCCAGCCCUGGAAGCACUGCUGGCUGCCACGUACAGACUCAGUGCACAGCUCGUGGGCUUCCUACAGACUCCAGACAUACUGCAGAUACUGACGGUGACUCAGAGGUUGUUGGUUCAGCCCUCUUCAGUGCUACUGAGACUAGAAGUUGUGGGAUUCCUACAGAAGUGUGGGGCUGCUAAACUGGCGCCAUCAUUUGAGCAAAGCCAGACCAUGCACAAACUGCCCGAGGUGUUCUGCCCUAGCCUGAAGGACCCACACUGUAUUGUCCAGCACCGAGCUCUACAGGCCUUCACCAGCUUCGCUGAGGAGACAGUGCACGAGUCUGUGGUGCCCGAGUGUCUGGAGCGAGAUGCCAGUCUACAGGACAAGGUGGUGGCCUUCUUGAAUAAGGUGCCAAGUGCUCCAAGUGGUGGCAAGAUGGACACAGUGGAGUAUCUUAGGCUUCAGCUGCAGAUGUUGAAUUCGUCAGAUGCUUUGCCAUGGAAACAGGCUACUAUAGAAACAUUAUACGAGCCUACCAGUAAAAGACCUCGGACGGAGAGUGAUGGAGGAGAUGAGGAAACACAGCAUCACAAGAUACUCAAGAGUUUACAAACAGCAUGCACUGACGUGCAAACUCUGCUCCGUGGAUCCAGGCAGCCAUCUUGGUUUGUGUCAACGGUCCAACAGACAGUAGCUGAACUAACACAGUGUCUACAAAACAGCUGAUGUCCCUCCUGAGAGACGGACCUGAAGAGGAUGGACACCUGUACUACAUGUCUCAGCUAAAGGCCUAGUGCUCGUCUUUUUGGCAUGCUAGAGUCCUAUGAUCGUGGGUUAAAAACCCAGAUUCUCUCAAAUUGUAUUUUUUGGUUUGUCAGCGCCACAUUCGUGCCUGUGGGUUUCACCAAAGUGGUAAACACCUGCAUUACUUCAGGCUUUCCUCCCCUAUCAAGCUUACAGUCAGUGAUAUAGCUGAAAACUUGUUCUAAGUGGCAUUAACCCAAUUCACCCACUCACUUGUGUGAGGAUGGCGCCAUCAUCUACAGAUGUCACAAAAUCAGUUGUUUUACAGAUAGGCCUGUCACCUUUUGGCCAUUUCCAAAAAAAACCCCAAAAACAGUAAUUGCAAAGAAUCAUUUUUCUUGUAACCUCAAAAUUUACUGUUACAAUGACAUUUUGACUGUUUGUUCUCUCCCACUAGCUCAUGUGAAGACUUCACCAUAAGCAAAAAAAUGGCAUUUUAUAUGCUCCCUUCUUCCCUUCCCCCCAAAUCCCACCAAAAAGACAAUGAAGAAAAUAUGGUUAUUGGCAAAACAAAAAAUGUUUCGUCUGACAUUGAUAUUUAGCUCAUCUUACUGAAAGCAUCUUCUCAGAUACAACAGGACCAAUGACACUGAAACGUAACAUGCUUGUCCCCAACAGUGAUGACACCCAAAUUUGUUUAAUAAAUUUGAAUCCAAGAACCACAACUGAAACUUUUUCUGGCCAUUACUCACCCAUUUUCUUUCAGAAUGUAGUGAAAUUGUGUAUGUGUGUAAUAAAUAGUGCACUUUGGUCAUGCUCCUAUAUUCUCCCAAAAGGUCUACGCAGAAAUCACUGGACCAAUAAAGCUGAAACUACACAUGCUUCAUCCCACUAGUGAUGACACCCCAAAGGUUCAUGAGGUUUGAAACUUGUUUCUUAAUAUAGCAACCGUGGCGGCCAUAUUGAAAAAGUUAUUUAUGAACAUUUGUCUGCCAGAUUUGUACCAGCUGUCAUGAAAUAUUCUCGAUCCUUUUUUUUGCAAUAUUUUGACCUUGUUUUGGCCAUACUUCUAGAUAUUCUCAAAAGGAAUAUUUGGCUCUGUAAACAUUUUUCCCCCCAAACAUGCUACAGUAGACAGACUAAGGGAGCUGAACUUUGGCAUGUAUGUUUCUCCUUUUUGAUGACAUCAUGUUUUGUUCACCGCCUCUAUGGUCUAGUGGUGGGGUAGCCUAGUGGUUAAAGCAUUCGCUCAUCACACCAAAGACCCGGGUUCAAUUCCCGACAUGGGUACACUGUGUGAAAACCAAUUCUGGUGUCCCCUGCUGUGAUAUUGCUGGAAUAUUGCCUAAAGCGGCAUAAAACCAUACUCACUCACUCACUCACUCACCAUGGUCUAGUGGUAAAGCGUCAGUCCGGAGAGCGGACGGUCUGUGGUUUUCAAUGCCUGGCCACAUCAUACCAAAAGACCUUAAAAAAUGAUAUUUGUUGUUACCCUUCCUGGCGCUCACCAUGAAGCAUGGUAUCUCAGUGGGCUAGCACUAUAAAAUCGGCAUUAGUCCGGACUACUACAAG